CGCAGCUGUAUCCUGCAACCCACAGCAAUCAACCGGCCAGCAUCGCAACGGCAUCGAACCGCGAUAUAUUGAUAGUGUUUUGUGUCGAAUUUCUUGCGAACAGUCAGCUGGUCGCUGAAUUCACUACCACAAUGGCUCCAGGAACCCGACGCGCAAACCGAAGCGGCUAUGCUGAGCAUGAUGAUUUUGACGGUCUGCCGGUACGCCAAUGGCGACACGAAUGGGUCAACGUCGCGCCACCCGUCGAACAAGAACAACAGCAGCCAAACGACUUUUGGGGUGUUGAAUUGAUCCAUGGCAUGCCCAAAGAUUCAAAUCUCCUUGCCCCCCAUAGCCAGGAGCUCCUUCGCGCAGCGAGAUCCGGACAAUUAUACAAGAGAUCAGCACCCAACGAUGACGACGACGGUGACAUGGAAGCAAACGUGCCUGAAAAAGCUGAAAAGAAAGAAGAAGAGCCUGCUCAAAAGGGAUUCCCUAUCAAAAUUUGGAAACAAGUCCCACGCAAUGUGGAGGGCUCGGAGCUUUCUCAUCUCGCCAAGCGACGAAGAAAUGUUGUGACCAUUGCGAGUAAAACCGUUGAGGAAAGAAUUCAGGGUCCAACCGUCACCAGAGCUACUGUCCGCCGUACCGAUGCAGCAGGAAACCCUUACACAGAAGAGGUCACCCUUAUUGAAGGCCAAGCAGUCGAUGGCGAGAUUAUUUCGACCAGAGUUGAGGCGGUCCAAAUUCCCAACCCAGCCCUGACCACACACCUCCCACCACUGAAGAAGCGAGCCCCGCCACCUAAGCGGAAGGCAAAGGCUGGCCCUGGACGUGGCAAGAAGAAGAAUAGAGAUCCAAUUCCUGGCCAGGCACAAGCUACGGAAGCAGCCCCCGUUGGUCAGGGAGCAGAUGCCGCUCAGGCGCAGCCAACUGGCAAUGAGACCCCAAACGUUGAAUCCAACGGUAAUGCGAACCAAGACAGCGAAAUGGCCGACGGCGAUGAUGACGACGACGAUGAUGACGAUGACGCCCAUGACGGUGACGAGGGCGACGACUCCGAGCUGCCAGAAAACAGUACUGUUGAGAUAACUCAGGAUAUCGGAGACACAACAACUGAUGUCAACAUGAGCGAUGUACCAACAACCACAUCAGCCUCUGGUGAUGCAUCAGACGCUGUAGCACCUUCGACAGCAAUCGCACCGCCUUUAGGUGGUCUUGCGACAGGCUCGCCGAAGCCAGAAGGAAGCCCGCUCAAGAACGUAACGCUCGCACCAGCGACUGCCGAAUCUAACGCUGCUGAAGUCAACUCCAACAUUGCCGAACCACCAUCAUCCAUGGUCGGCGAAGAAUCAGAACGUGCCGCGGAGGGCGAUGUACCAACGCUUAAAGCAUCUGAAGAGGAAGCGCUUCUCCCCCCACCGCCAGAGCAGGUUGGCAACAUUGCGACGCCAAAGGCAGAUGACAGCGCAGACCGAGGUUCUGACAUAGAAGACAAGGCAAAGGACUCUCAGCAAGAUGAGGCAGCAUUACAAGACAAGGUGCUGUCGCAUCAAGAUACCAUUAUGACAGAGGAUACCAUCAAGCCUGAGGAUUCAGCCUCUGUCGGCUUCCCCCGUACAGAGUCCGGUGCACCAUCCGAAGUUGACACCGGCUCCGUCAACGGCGGUGGUGAUCCAGUGGCACCUGCAUCCGUCGCUGAGGAGGAGAAGCCGCCAGCGUCCGACAUGGAUGUCGAUGCCAAACCUCCAGCUCCAGUCCCACUUGCCACUAUCGUAGCGCAGACCGAGGACCUCAAACCCGAGCCUAGUAAUCCGUCUGGACCUGGCAGCACAGUGGCACAGGUAGCCAGCCCUGCAGCUGUCGCCGAGCUAGCUAAGACGGCUCCUCUCCCUGGAGUCGAGGAGCAGCCCCCUGCCGAUGCAGUUGUACCUCAAGAGACAGAGGAGAAGAAGGAUACAGAGGAUGUUCCUGAGCCUGCACCCGAGCCCGAAGCCAAGGACGAACCCGCCCAUUCAGUACCUGUUUCUGUCGCGGAUCUCUUGACCUCGGAAACUGCUACACCAACUGCUACGCCCACCGUCGCAAAGGAGGAAGAAGCUCCCAAGCCCGAGGAACCUGAAGAAAAGGAAAAGACAGAAGCGUCAUCGACAACAGAGCCAGCUGAAGAGCCGGUGAAGGCCGAUGCUACUGAGAGUCAGGAAAAGACGGAAGAGGCAAAGGAAUAAGCUUGAUCUGGGCUAUCAAAAUAUGGUGUUCUCGUUUUUGGUGUUCUACCUGUUGUGUAUUUCUAAACAGGAUGGCGAAUGGGGUAUGUGUUUAUCUGUUAUUUGAAACCCUGGCUUAACUAUAUUAGUGGGCUAUGUGAAGCGUCAGUUUUUGAGGCUCGGUUAAAUCUUUGAUCUUGGGAGUCGUAUCUCAAGAAUCGUCAUGUAUAAAUAAAUCGAAUUUCAUAAAAUUUAAAUGACUGUUAAACGCCUGGCUUUAUACUGGACAAAUACGAUAGCAAAAUAAGAAUAAACGCCACCUGCGCCCAAGAGCAAACGCAAACACAAACACAAGAGGUCCUAGGUGGUCGGUCUCAAGCUGUUCUGGAACGUCGUGCGCGGAGGCUCUCAACAGGGAACCCGUUUCUCCAACCGCUUUCCUCGUCUAAUAACGACUGCGACUUUGCAUCUGGAAGAGCCACACGGCCGUUCAUUUGUAAACGGCGAAUGUGGGCAUUGCUCAGUCCGAGAAGGCCCGCGCUGGCAAGCAACAGACCCAUCAGGACCAUUGCGCCAGAUUGUGUUAGGUUACCGCUACAAGAUGCAACCAAAUAGACAAUGAGCUUUGCGGCCGCUUCAAGGUACCCAUCCAUGCUUGUCUUGUUUCGUAGAAAUGGUUGAGUCAUCAUCGCCUUGAGGUCAUCAUCAAGUCCACGAAGAAUUACUCGGCGGUCGUUGCCGAGGUCGACUAGGUAUUCUGUUGGGUUGUCUUCAGCCUUUGGUUCAUCUGAAUCUGAAGAAGAAGUCGAGGGCUCGGACUUGGGUGGUAUAGAUAACGGCCUUGAUCGCUGUUUUAUGAUCCAAAUGUUGAUAAGACGAGAUGCCAUUAAAGCCAUGAUGAAAGCGACACCCCACCAGUCGCCAAGCAGGGCCAUCACUGUGGACGAUGACACAGUGAGAAAUGGGCUCAUCAAGUAUAAAACGUGACUGAGCCAAUCCAGUUGUGUUUGCUGAUCUGUGGGAAAGGGCCUUUUAACCUGUCGGUUCAUCAUGGCGGCGAACUUUCGAGCAAGAACAUAAAGCUCUUCGCCUUCCUUGGCAGCGCCGACAUUGAGAGUAACUGUGCCUUCGUUUGGGCCAUUAGCCCAGAUUCGCUUGAGAAAACUAGCUAGCGCAGCAUUGCUGAUGGUGUGCCGUUGGAGCUCCUUGCCGUCACUUGUCUCGAUUGAAGCUGUAAGGCCCAGGUUGUUUGCAUGGCCGUGGGCCGCAUCGCGGUCGAGAGAAUCCGCGGCUUGUUGGUAGUGCAGGCCGGGUGCUAGAACAAGCGCAUCCCACCAUGAAGAUCCGCCUGUGAUGACAGUGCGUUGUGCAAUAGUGUGCAGAUCGGCCAGAGCAAGAAGACCGCCAGCUGAGAGUGACAAUGCUGGUAUCGGAGUAGAUGACCACCCUUCUAGGAGAGUUUUGUGGAUUGUGUCUAAAAGGCUGUCCUCUGACAUCUUCAUUGGCGCAUGGAAUAGCGUAUAAGCUUGGGAUAUGUUGUUCUUGAGAUUAGCGUGUAUGAGUUUACUUGUAGGCCUCGUCAGAUCGUGUAAGUCUUAUUCGAGAGCAUGCGGCGAUGAACAUGUUGUUAAAUGGACAUCCGAUGAGUCAAAAGACGCUAUUUUUGUCGACUAUUCCAGGGGUUCUAGAGAGCAAAAAACUUAAAUAGAGUUUUUGGGCUAUGCUGCCUGACAAUGCGACCUGUGUGCCUUUUGUUGCUGGACGUGUUGGCAUCGUGCACCGCUGCUGGCCUGCGACAAUGACUUACAGGCACCAGGGUUCACGUGCGAGGCGGAUCGUAGGGUUGCAUCGAAAGCUAAAAGUCCAUCACGGGGGGCUUGUCCGGGCCAAUCACGCCAACGGUUUUAGUGCGAUCGCAAAGAAAGUUUACUUGGGUGGAGGGUUGUUAGGCUUCGGCAGGUUGAGGGAUGACCCGUUCAUUGUUUCGGAAAGCCAGGGAUGACUCUCCUACCACCGUCAGAUGAGAUAUAUGAUGCCGUUUCAGCCGGCCUGACGUGAACGGUAGAUCUUGGGCCACAUCGCGCUGUCUUAGUUGAGGUUUCUGGCGAUGUGUUAGCCUAUGGCGACCGUUGCCCUCGUGAUCUGCACUCCGCUGGCCAGGGUACGCUGUGAUUUCAGAUGGUGAUAAAGCAAAGUCUAUUCAAAACUAGUAUGGCACCCCCGUUUGUGAGUUUGAAGGAUGUUGUAAGAGCUCUCUACGGCGGGCUGCCACCUCAGCGACGAUGCUGCGCGUAACGUUUACUUGUCCACGCUGAGCUGCACCACAAUGAGAUAUUAAUAAACAAAAAAGAGAAAAGGCGUUCUUAAAACUAG